UAUCCAUAUAGAGCACCACCAUUGUCUGUCAUCACCACCAAACCUCUUUAUUCAAUUGCUUUGUUCUUGUCUUAAACAUUUCGAGUUUCGCGUGCGAAGAAAACUCCUCCACACGACCAAAGAUUACAACUUUCAGUACGAUUCGAGAAUCUCUUUAAAACCCACCUGUUAUUUUAUUGAAUCUCGUGUAAGACAAGGAAGGGUUUUUGCUCCUGGUGCUUUGAUGGGUGCGAGUCACUCUGGUCUUCACAAGGAUUUGUCUUCAUCUUCGUCGUCGUUUUGUUUAGGGGAUCUCCCGGAAGAUUGCGUGGCUCUGAUCGUUGAGAAUUUGGACCCCGUCGAGAUCUGUAGACUCUCGAAGCUCAACAGGGCUUUCCGGGGAGCUUCAUGGGCCGAUUUCGUCUGGGAAUCGAAGCUUCCUCCGAACUACGAGGCCUUUCUCGAGAGAAUCCUUGGUGGUGGGUUCCCGGAAAAUCUCCAGAAAAGAGAUUUAUACGCUUGUCUCUGCAGGGUUAACUCAUUCGAUCACGGCACCAAGGUAUGGAUUGAUAAACGAAGCGGUGGUGUUUGUCUAAGCAUCUCAGCUAAGGGCUUAUCAAUCACAGGGAUUGAUGAUCGUCGAUACUGGAGUCAUAUCCCCACUGAUGAAUCUCGGUUUGCUUCCGUGGCUUACCUUCAACAAACCUGGUGGUUUGAAGUCGACGGUGAGAUUGAUUUCCCGUUCCCGGUAGGAACCUACAGUAUCUUCUUCAGGCUGCAGCUAGGUCAGUCUGGCAAGUGGUUUGGUCGACGGGUCUGUAACACCGAACAAGUCCACGGUUGGGACAUUAAACCGGUUCGGUUUCAGCUCUGGACUGAAGACGGUCAAUACUCCUCGUCUCAAUGUAUGUUAACCGAGCGGGGAAGGUGGAACCACUACCACGGGGGAGAUUUUGUAGUCCGGGAAUCAAGAAGCUCAUCGACGAAGAUAAAGUUUUCGAUGACGCAGAUUGACUGUACACAUACCAAAGGCGGAUUGUCACUAGACUCUGUGAUUGUAUACCCGAGCUCGUGUAAAGACCGGUUUUAAUGCUUCAACCGGAGUCCGGUUUAAUCAGAGGUCAAAGACUCAAAGCGGGGUUUUUUUUAUGCGGUCUUUAGCCUUUUGUAGACGUAGUAACUACCAUACUUUUUUUUUUUUUUUUAAUAGGCUUUCAUAUUUAA